AGCUCAGUGGGCUUAAGGGCGAUGUUUCCCUCUGAGUCCGGGGCCCGACCGCGGACCCGGGAAGCCAGCCCCACAGAACACAAGAAGUGGGUGCAAGUAUUUAAAGCAUGUGAUGAAGAUAACAAAGGCUAUCUAAGCAGAGAGGACUUUAAGGUUGCUGUUGUAAUGCUGUUUGGGUAUAAACCCUCCCAGGUAGAAACCAAUUCUGUGAUGUCUUCAUUGACCCCAGGCACUUCCGGCAUACCACUUCAGGAGUUUUUAAAUAUAGUAAGGAGAAAGAAGGAAGCUCAAAUCUUUCGGAAUGAAAUCAGACACAUCUUCACAGCUUUUGACAGGCAUUAUCGUGGCUACUUAACUUUGGAAGAUUUCCAAAAAGCCUUUGGCCUGGUGGCUCCCAACUUACCUGAGAGGCUCGUGCUUGAGGUGUUCAGGGAAGUAGAUCAAGACUCAGAUGGUCAUGUCAGCUUUAAAGACUUCGAGUAUGCCCUGAACUAUGGACAAAAUGAAGCCGAGUGACGGUGACCUGCUCUGGGGACUUCCAGGAUAGCCGAGAAGUUGCAGUGAUUUGAGCGUCAAGCAUCAACGACUUGCUAUUGUCCAUCGAUUUGAAUGUCAGUCACAUACUUGUGAUGAAACUCCGAAUUUUUUUCUGAUUAAUAGCAUUUAGUUAAAAUAUAUUUACAUGCAUAUUAAUUGCACAUAUUUUGGAAAAGAUACAAAAUGCUAUAUUUUCUUGUUAAUUAUUGCUUAUUGUUUGAUGCAUGGAAUUACAUACAUAUAAAUAUACAUUGAUACUUGAACAAAGACACUCAUAUUUUAAACCUUAGACUAAUGGAAAGCAUAUCAAUUUGUAAUUUUUUUCCUACAUGAUUAAUUGACAACUGUUAUAAGCAUUUAAUAGAGUAAGGACCAACCAAUUCUGUUUGUUAAAAAAAAAAAGAUAAUACUGCUUUGUGGAUAAUACUACCUUUACUUCAGCUAUUUAACUUUGAGAAAACAGUCAUAUUCAGUGCAAAAGUA